AUGGGCCCCGUCGAAGCCCUGUCAAGGGCGCCUCGACGGGUUGCAUCACCACGCUGGGUAGCGCAUCCUCUUCUAAUUACCCCCCCUCCCCCCUUCUCCCCCUCACAACCCCCCCUACUCCCUCUCCACUUGCCUCCCUUCUCCCCCUCCUUUCCCCCCCUUCUCCCCCUAUUUUUCCCCCCUUCUCUCCCUCAUUUUCCCCCCUUCUCUCCCUCAUUUUCCCCCCUUCUCCCUCUCAGUUCUAACCCUUCUCCCCCUCAUUCCCCCCAUUCUUCCCCUCAUUUCCCAGCCUGCUCCUCCUCAUUUCCCCUCCUGCUCCUUCUCACUUCCCCCACUGCUCCCCCUCAUUUCCCCUCCUGCUCCUUCUCACUUCCCCCACUGCUCCCCUUCAUUUCCCCUCCUCCUCCCUCUCAUUUCCCCCCUUACUCCUCUCAUCUCCCCCCCUCCUCCCUCUCAUUUCCCCCCUUGCUCCUCUCAUCUCUCCCCCUCCUCCCUCUCAUUUCCCCCCUUGCUCCUCUCAUCUCUCCCCCUCCUCCCUCUCAUUUCCCCCCUUGCUCCUCUCAUCUCUCCCCCUCCUCCCUCUCAUUUCCCCCCUUGCUCCUCUCAUCUCUCCCCCUCUCCCUCUCAUUUCCCCCCUUGCUCCUCUCAUCUCUCCCCCUCCUCCCUCUCAUUUCCCCCCUUGCUCCUCUCAUCUCUCCCCCUCCUCCCUCUCAUUUCCCCCCUUGCUCCUCUCAUCUCUCCCCCUCCUCCCUCUCAUUUCCCCCCUUGCUCCUCUCAUCUCUCCCCCUCCUCCCUCUCAUUUCCCCCCUUGCUCCUCUCAUCUCUCCCCCUCCUCCCUCUCAUUUCCCCCCUUGCUCCUCUCAUCUCUCCCCCUCUCCCUCUCAUUUCCCCCCUUGCUCCUCUCAUCUCUCCCCCUCCUCCCUCUCAUUUCCCCCCUUGCUCCUCUCAUCUCUCCCCCUCCUCCCUCUCAUUUCCCCCCUUGCUCCUCUCAUCUCUCCCCCUCCUCCCUCUCAUUUCCCCCCUUGCUCCUCUCAUCUCUCCCCCUCCUCCCUCUCAUUUCCCCCCUUGCUCCUCUCAUCUCUCCCCCUCCUCCCUCUCAUUUCCCCCCUUGCUCCUCUCAUCUCUCCCCCUCCUCCCUCUCAUUUCCCUUCCAUUCUCCCUUCCACGCUCUCCCAUCGCCAUGCCUUAAUUUCUCAUCCCCCCUCCUUCCAGGGUCAUCUCACCUCCCAUGAGAUCCCACUCGCUCCUUCAGUCCCUGCCCAUACUGCUGCCGCUGCUGCCUUUGCCGGAGCUGCCUCUGCUGCCACACCCAGUGUUCCUUCCUUUGCUCCUACUGGACCUAGCAUUUGUGGAGCAAAUGUAGCAGCAGCUCCCACGAGGAGUUGGAGCUGGGAUGAUCUUGCAAGAACAGCGGCAGGUGCAUGGGCAGCAACAGCAGAACCAAGAGCGAGUGAGCCCUGCUGCGGUCUCACAGCCGAGCGCGCUCAUGAGUGCGCAAGCCGCAGGAGAUGCAGCAUGCCGGGUCUCUCACGAUGGGUGCACACUAUCGAAGCAGCCAUGUCAGCAGUGGACUGGGGAGCGAGCAGGGUGUGA